AUGGCUGCCAUGAUGGCUGCUGCGCCUUUCGACGAUUUUUAUGCCGGGGCCGUUCACGACGAUGCGCAUUCGCUGCUAGAAGCCUCGAUCGAAGACUUUGAGGAACAGGAACGACGCUCGCCCCUCCUUUCCGCUUUCAGAUCAGACCGUGGUGACAGCGAGGUUGACGAGCGAUCGAGUACAGGCUUACCAUGGUCUCCUCCCGGAUUUAAAACACGAAGCGCGAAUGCGACUGGAUGGUUUAGGCAUGACCCCUAUGGACGAUAUGAUUUGCGACCAUCGAUGAGCCCGUCAAGGUCGCGACAGACCAGCCCGGAGGUUUAUCAAGAUGCUACAGAAGGAGAUCCGGAUAUCACGUUAGCGGUCAAUACACCCUUACCCGCUGGCAUGGAUUCACCGAUACGGGAGCGCUCCCCGGAGACGCAACCCCAACAUGAUGUGAAGAUUUGCGAGGAUAAUCAGGACGCGCCUGCUCCCAGAGAGAAUAACUACAUUCGGUUACAACUCCGCGCCGAAGUGCAACAUCGCGAGCCUUUCGUCCCUUUUCUUGAUUUUGUCCAGCGCAAGUUUGAUGCCAUGACGAAAACGAAAUCCACCACGCUUAUUACCCUACUUACAAGCAUCCUUGUUGCAUCUCUGCUACGCAUCAUCCUCGUUCCACCUAUCCCUCCGCCGGUCCCCGAUCUCGUCAAAGUCUCGACGCUGGCCAGAUCGUUCGAACCCUUGAUCUUCUAUUCGGAGAAUGGCUACACGCAGAUAACAGCACUGCAAGAAACGAGUGUGGCGGUCUGGGAUCUUGGAGAGUCGGUCAGGAGUGCCAACAUGACCUCUGCGCCGCUUAUUGUUCGGUCAUUGGAUGAGUUGUCGGAAAGCUUAAAGUCGCUUGGACUGGAGUUGACUCGUUUCUUUGCCGACGUGGAUGCGGACGUUGACAGUAUUCUGUUAGUGAUGGACUGGGCCAAGCGGGAACUACAAGGUCUCUCGGCGACCACAGAAUAUUCCAUUUCUGGAACGAUUUUCGAUCACCUGCACGGUCUGCUGAACCGAGGGGGCUUUUUGGAGUCAUCCACUACAGGACAACCCACCGCUCUAGGGAGAUUUCUGACCGACAUCUUCGGCUCCAGCUCGCCGCAGAAGGCCAGGGCGAUGCUGACGAGGACAUUCCACGAAUUCGUCAAUGUGCUCGAGGAGUCGAUCAACAGUGAAUUGACGCACUCGGCGGCCCUGUUUGCCCUGUUCGAAUCGAUCGAUCGCCAGUUUCAAAAUCUACAGCGGGUAGUGGUGCGAGAAACGGACACGCAAGAGAGGCUGGAAAACGAUCUUCUUUCGUCGUUAUGGACUCGGGUCUUAGGUUCCAAUGCCGCGAUGCUGAGAAAGUACGAGAAAAACAAACAACUCUUGUCGAGCGUGCGGGCCCGGACUGUCAACAACAAGCGUCUGCUUGUGGAGCAUCAUGGCCGUCUGCAGACCCUUAAGGCCAAUCUGGAGACAUUGCGCAAGAAACUGGUCAGCCCGCUGGUGAGGAGGAAUGACUCGGUCAGUAUCGACAAUGCAAGCGUCGUCGACCAGCAGAUCAAAGGCCUGGAAGGAACUUAUGAAUAUCUCCGGGCCGUGAGGGAAAAGCAGAAGAGCAAACUCAUGGAAAUGGUUUAUGGCGCAAAGGCUGCACGGUCGAGAUUGGUUGAAGUUGAUGCUUCGGACUCAAAUGCUAUUCAUGAUUGA